AUGGGUAUCCAGGGUUUGACCAGCUUCAUUGAUCAUAGUGGAACAUUUUUAAAAGAUGAUCACUUCAGACACAGCAGGUUGAUAAUAGAUGGUAGUAAUAUCUUCCACUUUCUUUAUUUUAACUCAAGUGUGGAUUUGAAGCAUGGAGGGGAUUAUGAUGAUUUUGAGGACCAGGUCUGUGAGUUCUUUAAGGCUCUGAGAGAUUGUGGCAUUGAACCUUAUGUGGUUAUAGAUGGAGGAUCCGACCACACGGACAAAAAGUUUGAAACUCUCCGACAACGAGCUCAAUCAAAGAUCAACAAUUUGUCUAUGGGGCUUCAGGGGGACAGAAUAAUACCAGUCCUCGUCAAACAAGUCUUCAAACAGGUCCUCUCCAGCCUGAAGGUGCCGUUCGCACAGUGCAUCUUUGAAGCAGACCAAGAAAUAGCCUCCUUGGCUCAAAGGUGGAACUGUCCGGUCCUGUCCAAUGACAGUGACUUUUAUAUUUUUGACAUCCAGGCAGGAUAUCUGCCCUUCUUCCAUUUUCAGUGGCAGAACGUGUCUGUGCAACGCUGGAGUUCUCAGAAUUACAUCCCCUGCAAGCGGUACACCACAACAAGCUUCUGCAGACACUUCAACAUCAACAGACAGCUUCUCCCAGUCUUCGCUGCCAUCGCAGGAAACGACUAUGUCAACUUGACUAACAUGGGCUUUUCCAUCAGGUGGAAAGGCUACCCGCAGAUGGAAUCCAAUCAGAAGCCAAGUAAGUUUUAA